CACAUGGGGCUUUGUCACUUAUUCAAAGAAUGUUUAUUGUGUGGCUUAAGCACUCAGGGCGCGUAAUGGUAUGCCUUAUUCUUAUUUUAAUUGCGCGGUGAUUAAUAUGUACAUGAGCGCUAAAUGUCAACGGGACAACGUGAAACAAAUUAUGGGGAUUUACGUGCCAAAACCACUUUCUGAUUACGAGGUACGCCGUAGUGGAGGACUCCGGAAAUUUCGACCACCUGGGGUUCUUUAACGUGCACCUAAAUCUAAGUACACGGGUGUUUUCGCAUUUCGCCCCCAUCGAAAUGAGGCCGCCGUGGCAUGGAUUCGAUCCCGCGACCUCGUGCUCAGCAGCCUAAUUGAGCAACCACGGCGGGUGACAACGAGAAACAAGCGACGUGCAAACGAGAAAUGAACAAUGCUCCUAAUUCUGCAUUGCUUCCCCGUAAAAAACAAAAAAAAAAGGAAAGACAAGUUCGUGGUACGUGUGGGUUUCCUUCAUCCGGUCUUUGAUCUCAGCUUGUGCGAAUGACGGGGCGUCUGCCGGUUCUCUUGGCAGCGCCAACGACGGCUCAGGUGAACUGCGAGAAACAGAGAGAGAGAAAGGGAGAAAGAGAAAGCACACAUCGAAACUCAGCAGUCGACCGCGGCAGCGCGCGGCAGUCGGCGCACAAGGUGACCACGUGGCACGCGCGUCAUGCUCAGAGCUCCUCCCUCGGGUGCAAACUCGAGAGUUGAGCGUGCGCGCCAGAGACGCGCGCGCCGACUCCGAGUGAACGCGGGCGCCGCACGAAGGGGACGGCGGGCCCCCUGCUUGCCCGCUCUCGGACAUCGGCGGUUGCCGGCGCGGCGUAGACUCCGCGCGGGCCGGCUGCGCCUGGGGUCCCUAAAUUUAGGCUUGCCGGGCCAUGCUCUCGGCGCGAGUCGUCGCGUCUGCCUGCUCACCACUUCGGCACAGAGUACAUGCGUCCACGUGAAGUUGCGCCUAGCGACAACGGCGCCUGGCGAUCUCCUCGUGGCAUUGUCGCCGUCCAGUCAACGGGGACUUUCCAUCUCGCCUCCGACAGCGUCCAGGACGAGUGACGGCAGCAGUCAAGCAAACGGCGGCAUCUCAGCUAGAGAAACAGGGCGACCUUCAUCUGAUACGUUUUGCAGCAAACGAGGGGCUGCGACGUAAUAACGACUGGACCGAAAAGACGUUUACAACUCCCUUGCGCCUUUUAAAACCUACAAGUGUGGUGGAAUUUUGUUGCGUUAGUACUCGCCCGCUCCAGCGCAGAUAUUCCUACAUGGUGGUUGUACAGAGUGACAAGAUUGAGUAAGCGGUACAAGACUGCAUGCGCGGAACCUUUUACGAGAACAUCGUCAGCGCACUCGCUAAGUGUAACGGAACGAUAUUCGUCUGCCCUGUAUCGCCUGCUUUACAAGCAGCGAUAUUGCGCACUGUGCCUGAACUCGGAACGCAAGCGGCAUUACCAUAGAUCGGCGCCAUGCUGGAUAUAAUCCGCAGCCUGAAAUCGCUCCUCAAGACGAGUCGCGUGCACAUCGACAAUGAGGUAUUUCGCCUACAUUACACGGUCACAGUGAUAAUACUACUGGCCUUUUGCAUCGUCGUUACGACCAAACAAUUUGUUGGUGACCCGAUUGACUGCUCCAAGUCUACGGACGUGCCUCAGAGCGUCAUCAACACCUACUGCUGGAUUCAUGCUACUUACAGCGUUACGAGCCUCAUGCGGCGGGACCUGGACACUAUUGUGUACCCCGGCGUCGGACCAGGCAGCUCUACCAACGUGCUCAUCGGAACCAAAGAUCACAAGUAUCACAGAUACUACCAGUGGGUCUGCUUCAUGCUGUUCUUUCAGGCCACAAUGUUCUACCUUCCACGAUGGCUGUGGAAGUUCUGGGAGGGUGGCAAAAUCCAAGCACUCAUGAUGGACCUGGACGUGGGAAUGUGUGGUGAAGCGGAAAAGAAACAAAAGAAGAAGCUCUUGGUCGACUACCUUGUCUCCAGCCUGAAGCAGCACGACUGGUACGUGGCGCGGUACUUCUUCUGCGAGCUGCUCGCGCUCGUCAACGUUGUGGGCCAGAUGUUCCUCAUGGACCGCUUCUUCGACGGCGAGUUCCUCACCUACGGGCUGGACGUGAUCCGCUUCCUGGACCAGGACGACGAGGAACGCGUAGACCCCAUGGUCCGAGUGUUCCCGAGAGUCACCAAGUGCCAGUUCUUCAAGUUUGGCCAGUCAGGAAACCGGGAGACGCACGACGCGAUUUGCAUUCUACCACUCAACAUAGUCAACGAGAAAAUCUACAUCUUUCUGUGGUUCUGGUUCAUCCUGCUCGCGGCUGUCACCGGCAUGGUGGUGCUAUUUCGCGUUAUCAUCACUGCCUGCCCGCCAGUGCGCGUGUACCUCCUGAACCUGCGUUUUCGUAUCGUGCACCUGGACCACCUGCACACCGUGGUGCGGCGGGGCUCCCUCGGGGACUGGUUUCUAAUCUAUAUGCUUGGUCAGAACGUUGAUUCCAUCAUCUUCAAGGAGGUGAUCGCCGAGAUGGCCAAGCGAAUGACCACCGAGCCCAAGGAGUCGUCCGCAUGACGACGCGAGUCCCGGCCUCUUGGCCGACCCCCCUUCCAUGGAGUGCCUCCGCAUCAAGACGUCUGACGCUGCCACCCGGAUUACCCGCGUUACCUUCAUCGGGACGGCAGGGGUCCUGCGUUAGCCCAGAAGAGCAGCAUAUGCUGCGUUUGUUCACUACAUGCUCUUCUCUCUUUUAGUCCUCCGCCAGAAAUGGGAGCCUUUUGUGGUGUAGACAUAUCCUGGCCUGCGGCUCGGUGCACCUGCAGUUGUCAAGAGGUGAAGCAGCCAAAGGUAUAGUCUUCGCCCUAACGCUGACUGAAACAGCUGGUACAACUUGAGGCUCCUUGCCUUAAAUACUGCUAAAUUUUCAUACGUUGUUACUUGUUUGUCAUGAAACGUCAGUCAUAUUCUUCUCAUUCUUACGUAAUGUUGGACAUUAGUUGUCAUUUAGGUGAAACGCUUCUUUUAGGACUGGCUGCACCAACAUUGCUUGUUCUUCCUGCAGCCCUAAGAAUAUGGUAGAAACUUGCAAUAAUGAAAGAACUGUAAAUGAAUGCCUGCAGCAGUUCUUAAGCCUUGCAUUUGAUCUGCCAUUUUGGGAAACUUAUUGAUGCCCGUCAAAUUCAUCAUGCUUGCCUGUUGCGCUGUACAGUUGGUGCAGCUAGUUCUGUUUUAUGUACUUGUGGAUGUUCUCUUGAAACAUAAUCACAGAAGCAGAAACAUGCUACUGUGGUCACGGUUCAAGAGUGAGAGCUUAGAAAUUCAAUUUGUGCCUCCCCUGAUAUUGUUCUCGGUUUGCAGGCAAAACCGAUGGCGAGAAAAUCUGACACAUAUCUUCUUAACAUUGAAUCCUUUUGAGAUCUCGAAGACUGCAAAUAUUCACUCUUAUCGACUUCUCUGAAAGAAGAUUUACAUGUUCUGCGCUCAAUAAUAGAAAACAGUGCAACAAUUCCGGCACGUAAAUCCAGCAGUAGGUCGAGUCGUAAGCUUUCUUUUCCUAUUUUACGGUGCUGGAGAAGUUGACUGUUAAAACCCACCUGAUGACGCACUUUCGGCGCUAUGGCAACCUGUCUUCCUAGGAAUUCACAGUAUGCAAGUGAUAGGCUUUCUUAUAAUCGCAAGAAGUAAGUAGCGUUCUCACUAUUUAGAUUUUUAGAUUGAAAUGCAGCUUCGUGACAUCCUUCUUUUCAAUGUUUUAAGUAUCGCAAUGUGGCACCAGUAUUAUGCUACGUCCACUACCAAGGAAGAGGUGCAAAGAACAAGACAGUUACAAGCAGGACUCAGAUUCACGAGUUGUGCUUUAAUCUCUCGCUUUCUGGUUAUCGUUUUGUUUUGCUUCAUUUUUGUUUGUCCUUAGAUUUGCAGAGUGAAAAAAAUAUCAGCGUUAAGUUUUGCUCACAUUGUCACGCAAUCCUGGAAACUUGGCAACGGUGAAUUGUAGUGGGCUACAGGAGAACCAUCGAAACCUGCUUCCAAAAGUACUCGCUAACCUGUAGUAUGUCCGAGGUCCUCGGACUUCGCCAAAAUUUUCUCUUUCUGCAGUGCACUUCGCCAUAUAUGUAGCCAGAAGCAGCCCGAAGCAGUCGUUGCCCUAUACAUUCUCGGCACAUUGUACUCCACGUAAUGCGAUAUAUCUUCCUGCACUUGUCUGCGCUUUGGUGAUCUUAUAUGAAGGGGAAUGCGCGGGUGAAAAAAAAGAAAAGUUUAAGCUAUCAUUCCUCUGGAGACAGUUUUGUAAAAGCAGGUUUGCUCAAAGAAAGUAAAAGCCGAUCUUAAGUGGUUUCCUGAAAUGUCCUGUGUCCAUGUUGAACGCAGCAGAAAAGCAGGAAAACGAGACAACUAAUGCCACCUGCUCAGUUUGUCCUAGCGAUAUCUGACUCCUUCAUGGUAGAUUGUAUUCUUCGUUUCGGCGUCUUCUCGAUAGUAUCCGCACCACAAAAAUACAAAUUCAAAUUGAUAAAAAGGACGAGAACGUCAACCUAUGAUUCGUCCGUCCCAGCGCGCAUUGUACAGCCAGCUUUUGGAUUACGUCGCGCUGCCUAUAGGAGGUAUCCUCUGUUUUUGAAACAUAGAAAAGGAAAAGGCGUUAUGAGCACAUUAUAAUUUCCAGCAAAAAACUAAACACUAGGAAAGGAAGCAGGAGGACGGAAAGACGCUGGACUGUCAACUGACGGUUUGAAGAAGAGUACGAAGAGCAGAAAGAAUAAAAAAUAUGUUUGAAAAAGCAAGACCAUACUCCUGCGCGUGCGUGUCAUCUGAAAGCCUGACGUACGAAGUCCACCUUCUUCUCUUUCAUGCCGACUGAGGGGACGCUGAUGUUAUUACUUCCAUCGCCCCUUAUGCAGAAUGCUUCAUAUAAUAGCCAACUUCUUUCGUUUUUAAACGGACCGAGAACACGUGUGGCUUCGAAAGUCCCUACAGCAAUAACCUGCUAAAUGUCCCGGGCCCGCAAUAGCUUCUAUAUUGCACCUGAACCUUCUCUGUUGAAGCAAGCAUCCUUGGUUCUAGUCGAGAAGACUUUCUAGGUUUAUGAUUAUCAUAAUGAAUUCUACGGGGAACUUCAGUGGCUAGCGCGCAGCGGAGAUGGGGAUGUAAAAAUGAUAUUUUGUGAACGCGAGGAGUGUACAUAAUUAAGGCAGCUUGAAAGAUUAUUGUCCGAACUGCAAAAGCUGUAAAAUCGCUAUUUCGUUCGCCUAAGAAUGUGGGAAAUUCAGUUGAACGUCCGCACCUUUUAAUGCCUGCCCCUGUUUCAUCGUUGUAUAUGUUAGUUCCCCGUCACCAUGCAAACCCAUCGCAACGCAGGCGCCCUCCUUGUAGACCACAUUCUUUUGAAUUUCCGCGGAUACUGACCGUGCAGUAAUUUCUGCUAACAUGAGAUACACAAUCUCGAUAUGUAUUUUGUAACGAUUGACUUCAUGAUCUGUUAAUUUCACGUCUACCGUCGCGUUGUGUGACUGGGAGCGGCGGUGCAUUGACGAAGAGAAAUGAGAAUCGAAAUGUAUAUUUACUAAACAGCGGCCUCGCAGUCGUUAUCUCGUCCCCGAGGGCGCCCGAGCUGGAGUUCUUGAGACCGCUGCUCGAGCGCCUUUUGUUGGAAGCACGCGCCGCGUGGACCCUAUCCUUUGAUACAGUGGCGCAGGUUCUGCGCACUUGCCAAGCAUUCUGAAAAAUUUCGCAGCUGUCAUUUGGAACAUGUGUGGUGUGCAUGUUCAUGUGCAUGAAAUCUAUGUGAGUUGCCGGAAACUCCCUUUAUCACCUUAAGUAAAACGAAAUUCUGGCUUCGUGCUUGCAUAGUGACGUGCAAGCUAUAGAACACAAAACAAAAAUGAACUAGUUUGCCAGGAAGCUUGCAAAUUUACAUCGGACUCAUCGCCUUGUCAAGCUUCAAGUUGCACGCCUUACCGAUGACGUUUUAGGAGCAUAGUCUGAUGUGCUAACGUCAUAUUCGCGUGCACUUUUAGUAGCUUCAAAAAUUCAUUUUUUUUUAUUAUACCACAGUUUGUCAACAUAAUACUUUUUUCGUGGCACCAAUCUAAUGGAUAAAAUAUAAACAUAAAAUAUUGCAUUGUCAGUACUACUGUUACACAUCGUCUUGAUAAAGCAACUGACAUGCCGGAAACUGCCGGUGCUUGAAGCACUCAGCAGCUACUACGUGACCUGAGUCACAAAGAACAAUGAAUCAACGCGUAGUAUGCUUUCUCAAGAAACCCAUGAUUAAUCUUUAUGAAAUCCGCGCACUCAAUAGUUGAAUGAGUGCGCAGCAAUAUCUCCGUACCAUUAGAAAGCUUUAGCUGCGCGUCAUUUACGAUCCCUGAAGUUAACAUGUUACGUGCCGAGGCACAACACAGAACUGCGUUCAUUUCGCAUACUUAUUAAGCCGGCCUCUCAGAGGCGCGGGCGACGCGCAGCCAGCUUGGCUGCGGAACGACAAUGAAGCCAAGCGGCCACAUGCUCGGCUACAUCGGCUCUGCAGCAGAGUGAGACCAGCGUUCGAGCUCCUGCUGUCGCCAUGAACGCGGCACGCACACUAGCGUUCCCGCUGAGCGACUUUGGGCAAAUUGUAAGUAUAUACAGGUCUGGGCAUAGCCGACCAUAAACGCUCACCUAAAGUUCUCUAUCAUGAAAUUGUAGAAUUAAGAGUACUUGCGUUCUCGGCUCCGUCAGGUGAGGCAUCUAACCUAAUUGGUAUACUGUGAAGCCCAGACAGAGUGCGUGGGAUGAAGCAACUAAAGUUUCUAAGGCAUAAAUGCGGCAGUAAAAAGAGCACGGCGAAUCACGGCAAAACUUGCUACCACUUGCGUUUUUUUUUUUCCUUGUAAUUCUGACGCAGCAACUCAAACAUUUCAAGAUAAGGGUUCAUACUUAGGCAGCCACUUCAUACAUCAUCACCUCUCUGAAUUAGACAUAUACUCCAGCCAUGUAAGACAUCCACAUUUUAGUCAAAGAGGCCGUUUGUAAAUUUAUCUAAUUUUUGGGGGCGUGACAUUUCGAAAAAUAUUCAAGAAGGCACGCAAGCUCAGCAGUACUAUGCAGAAAUGAGAAAAUACCCAGAAUUUUAUUGCAAAUAACACACAGUACAUGGUACACUCAAAAGUGAAUGAGUCUACAAAGGUUAUAUAAAAACAUCUGUAGUUGCCAGAGCAUUCACAAAGAAAAAGUCUUCCAUGACAAAUAGGAAUACGUAUUGAGAUGGAUUUGCGAGACAUUUUUUUACGGAAAUAAAUUGUGAACGCGUGUAACACAAUCAGGAUUCGUCAAAAUCAGUGUAUAAAUAAAUGAAGAAAGGAAUGUUUAUAAUCUGGCGUCCCCCUUCACUAGUUUGAGUAAGUAACUGCGCAAAUAAACAGCGUACUCAAAUAAUCCUGGACGUUUCUCAUCAGAGUCGCUGUUCGGUAGUAAAACUCCUACAUUGCAACUUGAAUACACGAAUGCUGUGUCAGAUGCCGCACCAUCUUAUAAUGUUAUAGCUAUACUGCUUCAUAGGGUGGCGCCUUUUUUCUGUAUUACGUAAAUUUCAUGAAAGCUCUAUUAUGAAUCAGCUUUCGUGAGAGUACCUGGCACAAAUUUUCCAGAUUCCUUGCUAAAACGUAUCAGGGCACGGGGUUCACGUGGCCGUCAGCAACAAACAAAUGCAACAGAGAGAAUGCUUAGAUAUUCGUACACUACGUAACACCAACAAUUGUGACACUUGCGAUGGCUCAUUGAACUUACACAAUUGGAAUAUGGUUCCAGUCAGCCACGGGCCUGAGUUGCGCUCUUCUAUUUUGUCGUGGCUGUUCAUUGUGAGAAAUUGAAGUUAAGUGAGUGAUUUACACGUGUCUAUUCUUUGUGUUACGUACACGCCGACCAAUUCUGUCCUUUCUACUUGGUGAAUACGUCAUUAUACGUUUCAUUAUUUACUAUGCUUGUUGAGACCCAUCUGAACAGUAUGGUGUGAACUGUGCUAAAAAUAAACUGCGAAGGCAUGCUACUGUUUCUCCGAUCAUCGCUUGUCCACCAGUCUUAGGUAUAUCAUGUGCGCCAAAAUACUCCGUGGCGUUUUUCCCUGCAUGUAACAGUUUGUUUUGAGGGAAUUCAUUGCAAAUUACCCAUACAAAUUCUAUACGAAGAAAACACAGACAAAGACGCUGUGUUUCGAAGUAGGAGCGCAGUGCGCCUCUAUUGUUACGCCUCACCAAUGUUUAUGCUGCAGGUUACAAGCACUAUGCCUUUGCGUAGCUUAUGGCAGACUACAACUGUUUUGUAUUGUUUUACAAACAGCCGCGCACCCUUUACAGUAGCAAAGAACUGCUCUUCUAUUCUAAUAAUAUCACUGCCACGGUCUCUAUAGAAUGUAAGACCAAGUGAGGUAAUUUGUAUGCUCUGCAAUUGUUCUCUUCUAUAUGCCAAAGUGCAAAUAAAUUAUUCUAUUUCACUACA